AUGGCUGCCUUGCGAGACCUCAGGGUCAGCAUCCUGAGAUCCUCCAUCCUCCGCCCUCCGGAGAAUGUGGAGAGAAGGCUCAUUUUCCUGUCCAACAUCGACCAGCAGCUCGACUUCAAUGUCGAGACCAUCCACUUCUUCCUCCCCAACCUCGAGUUCCCCCCGGACGCGGUGGCGAAGAGGCUCGAGUCGGCGAUGGAGGAGCUGCUCGCGUCAUCGUACGACUUCCUGGCGGGGCGGCUGAGUUGGGACGAGUCGGAGGCGCGGUGGGAGCUGGACUGCAACGGCGCGGGGGUGGGUUUCGUGGAGGCCGCCAGCGAGCUGACACUAGCAGAGCUCGGGGACUUGGAGCUCCCCAACCCGGUGCUUAGCCAGUUGGCGGCGGGGAAGGCCGAUGCCAUGGACAUCGAGGAUCGCCCCCUCUUCGUUAUUCGGGUGACGACGCUCUUCCUCUACCGCUGUCAAAGAAUUCUCCAGUUUCGUUGUCUCAAAACUGCGUUCUUUCGGUGCAGUUGACGGCGUUCAAAUGCGGCGCCUUCGCUAUGGGGAUAUCGAAUUCGCACGCCACAUUCGACGGAGUGGGCUUCCGGACCUUCAUGGAGAACCUCGCCGCGCUCGCAGCCGCCAAGCCCCUGGCGCUUCCGCCAUGCAACGACCGCCGCCUGCUAGCCGCGCGGUCCCCUCCGCGCGUUGUGUUUCCCCACCCCGAGUUGUUCAAGCUGAAGGAGGUCCAACUGGGCACCGAGCAGCCCCCGACGCUCAUGGAGACCUCGCCGGAGAGCAUCGGCUUCAAGUGCUUCCGACUGAGCACGGAGCAGAUAUCAGCUCUCAAGAGUAGGGCCAGAGCGGACGGCUCUCCCCCCUCCGCCGCCACCGGCUUCAACGUCGUCGCCGCCCAUCUCUGGCGCUGCAAGGCGCUGGCAGGUGGCGACGUGGAUCCAGACAAGACGUCGACGGUGCUCUACGCGGUGGACAUCCGAGAGAGGCUGCGGCCGCCACUCCCGCGGUCGUUCGCCGGGAACGCGGUCCUCAGCGCCUACGGCGGCAUGACGCACAGGGAGCUGCGGGAAGAGCCCUUCGGCCGGGUGGUGGAGGUGGUGCGAGAGGGGUCGGCGAGGAUGGACGAGGAUUACGUGAGGUCGGCCAUAGACUGGGGGCAGCUGUACAAGGGUUUCCCUCGCGGCGACGUUCUGAUCUCCUCAUGGUGGAGGCUGGGAUUGGACGAGGUGGAGUUCUCGUGGGGGAAGGCCCUGUGUUGCGUUCCCUUGCCCGAUCCCCACAGAGAUAUUGCCGUCCUGUUCCCCGCCUCCGGCGGAGCCGGCCAGGGGAUGCGCGCCUUGGUACCACUCCCCGCCGGAGCUAUACCGAGGUUCGAGCGCCUCUUCUACGACUUCCUUUAA